AUGUCAGAAGAUGCUUUUCCAGAUACCAUUAUAUUAAUGCCUUUGAGGAGGAUUACACCAUACCAGAAAACUUAUAAAGUGAGCGUCAUUGUUUUGGAGGCGUAACCCGGAAGACUCUUCUUUACCUCUAUCCGGCGACAACAUGCGACUUGGUCUGUGAAACGACAAAUAAGCUGUUUUACUGACACUGUUGUAUGAAGUCCGUCUGUAACCUCGCUGUUCAGUUAAUAAAGUCCAGUGGAGCUCACAGUUCAGCAGCGGCUCGUCGACACGAAGCAAAAAUGUGUAAAGAGCUCAAAACCAAAGUGCUGCAUUUGUCGUCGCCGACCUCCAAUGGACCGUCUAUCCGGCAGGAGAGCCUCACAGAUGCUGCUGAAAUCCUGAGUUGCACCGUGAAGGCUCUGAAGGAGGGCCACGUUGUCGCUGUGCCCACAGACACCAUCUACGGCCUGGCAUGUCUGGCCCAGAACUCUGACGCCAUCAGAAAGACGUACGGCAUCAAAGGACGAAAUGGGCAGAAACCGCUGGCCAUCUGUGUGGGAGAAAUUCAGGAUAUCUAUAAGUACUGUAAGGUGAUGGUGAAGAAGGAGCUAUUGUGUGACCUGCUACCUGGUCCUGUCACUCUGGUGUUUGAAAGGUCUGAAGUACUGAACACAGAUUUCAACCCUUUUACUUCACUCGUAGGCGUCCGUAUCCCAGAUCAUGCCUUCAUGAGGCGUCUUUGCCAGAUGUGCAGGGAGCCUCUCGCACUUACCAGCGCCAACAUCAGCUCACAAACCAGCACUGUGGCCGUAAAUGAGUUUAAGGAGCUCUGGCCCAAAGUAGCAGUGGUGGUGGAUGGUGGACCAAUAGGAGACCAGAGCCGCCUCGGGUCAACAGUGGUCGACCUAUCAGUACACGGCAAAUAUCGCAUCAUCAGACCUGGCUGUGCCCUUUCUUCUACGGUUAAUGUGCUGCAACAUAAAUAUGGACUGUCAGAGGACUCGGGGAAAGAAUGACCUUCGAACUCUCCACACUCCGCAACACGCUGAGACGCACAACCAGCUUCAACCCGGGGCUCCUCCAGGAAAAAAAAAAAUUAACUCUUGUUCCGGUUAGUUUUCCCUGGAAAUGCUGAAUAGUCGAGGUGGGUUUACCUUGAACUCAGGAAUGACUUGAGUCUUAAAACGCUCAUGGCUGCAUUGAGGUCUUGAGACCCUUUUUUUUUUUUCUGCCUUACUGUGAUUGCUAUCAUGGGAUUUUGUUGGAUUUCUUAUUCAACCACAUCUUGUUUUUAUUCAGUAACAUGGAACAAGGUCAGCUAUGGUUACAGGAUUUUUUUUUCUUUUUGCAUAAAAACAAAACGUUAUACUUUUUCUCAUUGUCAUACCAAUGUGGUUUAAGUGGGAAUAUAAUGGUUUGACUUUCUUAUUUAAACUAAAUAUUUCUAUAGGGGUCAUUAGCACAGUAGACCAAGCGGAUGUACUAAAUGUCAUCUGCCCACUUGCAUGUUAAAAAUUGGUCUUUUUUUUUCUCAUGUCAACUUAAUUGAAAGAUUGUACGUCCUCGGCACAGCCAAAAUAAAUGCCUCAAACUUCUUCAUGCAUAAGAAACAA